CCAAAGUGAACAUGAGCGCAUCAAUAUUGUUUUCAAACGUUUGUCGAGUGUGUCUAAGCGUUGUUGAAAAAAAUAGAUCAUUUCCAGUGGAUGCCAUUGGGGAGGCUAGCGGAAAUACUUAUCGUCAUUUUCUCAAUGGGUGGUUUCCGGAAAGCAAGCAGAACUUUGAGGAAUUUCUACCACAACGAAUAUGUCGCACAUGCCAACGGAAGGUCGACGACAUCCUACAAUUCCACGCGGAAACCGAAACCAAUAUGCAGCUUCUUGUUGCGCUGUCAGAAGCCAAGCAUUUCGGAAAUUUGACAUCACUGAAGAACCAACUGCACUCGGAACAGUGUCGAAGUAUUCUGCAUCGAUUGAACCUCAUCAAACGGGUUGAUGGAUCAGAGGAGGAGCUGAUGACGGUACUGGCAAAGAGUCUACUACUUCCCGAUUGUGUGAUCGAUGUCAAGAAGGAAAUUGAAGUCUCGGAAGGUUCAUUUGAACAACCAGAGAAUGGGUGUUUUGAAAACGAGGAUGAAUUAGAGUUGGAGCUUAAGUUUGAGGUGGGUGAUGAACAGGACGAAUUGUUUGACGAACCAGCUACGAAAAAAGUCAAAGAGGAUAGCAGCAAAGUUAAAAGGAGGCCUUGUACUAUACACGACUGCGCGCCGGUCGUUAUUGGACAAGCUGUUCAGCAUGCGAAGGAGAGACAUCGAGCUUAUUGCAAAAUUUGCGGACAGGUUUUCGCCCGCCACAGCCAAGCGUUGUAUCAUGUGGCAGUGCAUAAACCCAAGGAGCUUCGAUUGCAAUGUGAAAUGUGCAGCAGGACGUUCUGCCGAUAUAACAAUUUAAAUACCCAUUUGAUGGAGUCUCACGGACAGAAAACGGCCAAUCACCUGUGUGCUCUUUGUGAGCAAGCUUUUGAAACCAAGACAGAACUGUCCAAGCAUCAGAAGAUUCAUAUGAGCUCACCGUGUCAAUUUUGCGACAGGAAGAAAGCUUUCGGAAGCUACAGUAUGCUGCUGGCACACUUUCGGAAGGUUCACGAGAAGCAGAUUUUCAAAUGCAAUCAAUGUGCAAGGUGCUUCCUUGGUCGUCGAGAGCACGAACAUCACCAAGAGAAGCACAGAGAUGGCACCUUUGAGAACUGUGAGGAAUUUGCUCUCCGACUGUGGGAUGAUAUCUUCAAGUGUGCUGCCUGUGAAAAAUCGUUCUACAACGAAACUUAUCUCAAAAACCAUUCGGGAAAAGAGCAUAAGGUGUACGGAAUUAGGAAAGCGAAAAAAAAGGACCUCGACGUUGAAUUGGAGUACAAAUUUAAGUGCAGUGAUUGCGACGCUCGAUAUCGAUUGAAACCAUCGCUGAGAUGUCACAUCCGGAGGGACCAUCGUAACUUGCCCGUCAUUUGCGAACACUGUGGGGCUUCGUUCAAAUCGAGGAAUGAAGCAGACGCGCACAUUCGCUAUAUUCAUACGAAAGAAUUUCGCUUCUUGUGCGAGUUUUGUGAUAAGCGUUGCAACACUAGAAGCGACCUGGCUGCACACCGGAGAAAGCAUACGAAUGAGCGACCGUACAAGUGUCCUUACGAGGGCUGCGAAAAGGAGUACAAAACCAAUGCGGCACUGAUAAACCACAACCGAUUGGUUCACACCAUGGAACGGCCCUACAAAUGUUCAUUCGACUCAUGUGACAAGGCAUUCGUUUGUACUCAGCAGCUGAAGAGUCACACCAUGACUCACACUCGACGGAAACCGUACCGAUGUUGGUAUUGUGAGUUGGGCUUCAAUUCGGCUUACACUCGGCGGAUGCACUGUCGAAGGUGUCAUCCGGGACAGCCGACUGACGCGAAAGCAGUAAAGCUGCAUGAUAAUUGCGAGGCUAAUGAUGUGCAUGUUACAUCUGAGUAAAUAUAUUUUCUCAUCAACUUCGACAGAUGGUUUAACAUGUCUGAAUCAUUGCUUCGAAAUUCCUACCUAACACACCACCUAGGUACGAUUUAUUUAGAAAAAAAAAUCCAAUUUAUCUGAGCUUGAUGGAGCAAUUGCAAACACCGUCGGUUUCACCAGGUCUGUGAAAAGGCUGCACGAUCUUAAUAUUACAUAGCUGGCCUUGGUUAAGAAUUUAUUUCCGCGGAACUUUUCAUUCUAUUCGAUUUAAAUAAAUCGUGAAUUGAGCCCUUAACACUUUUUUCAAUUCUUUAGAAUUCUAAGUCACGAGCUUAUGUUCACAGGUUAAGAUUUGCAGUGAAAUUCUAGGCUUAGGUAAUUUUGAUAUUCUUUAAUAUUCUAGACAUGGCAAAUUGUUUGAACAAGGUAAUUUUUCAAAUUCCUGCUCGUUUUCUUCCCUUUUUUGUAUUAAUGAAAUUCAGGGUAAUGGCGUUUGGA